CCCCGCCUGAACUCUCGCGAGACGUGGUAACCCCCCAUGCCGCCGUCGCCUCCCAUCAUCUCGCUCGGCAGUUGCCAUGGAAACAGCGGUCCAUCCGUCAUGUCGUCCAAUCCCUCGGCUCUGCGGGCGCCGCUUCCCGCCAUUUCUCCCCCGCUGCCUCCCAACAGCUCCCCAUCCGUGCUAUCGCAGCUGUCCUCCCCCAUCUCGGGCCAGUCCCCGCCGCUCGCCGUUAAACAGACCGUCCCCGUGUCCGUUCUCGCCGUCCUGUCCGACUUGGAGCUGCACAGGAUCAGCACGAAGCUCACCACGACCAAGAACGCUCCUAUCCCCGUGAUCAUGGCGAGAAGGGACUUCAUAAUGGUCCUCAUCAGCUCUCUCUCCGGAUCGUAGAAGGGCAACAUGAUGAUGAUGGUUUUCCCGUGUUAGCGCCGAACCACUACACAAAGAUGUCAACCCGCAUACGUGAGGGGAAUGCGCUGCGCGCCACGCAUCAUAAUAAA